CUCUGCUCAUUUUGACCCAUCCCAUAUGUUUCCUCUCUUUCAAAAUCUCUCUCUCUAGACUAGAACAAGAGCUAUCUUCCAAAUAUCUUUGUUAGACUUGUUCUUUGAUUUCUUCAAGUUUAAUACCAACCACCGGCCAUCAUCACAAGCACCACCACUUUCUCUCCUCCACUAGUGGUUUAGGUUUGCUUUUUCACAACUCUCUCUCUCUCUCUCUCUCUCUCUCUCUCUCUCUCUCUCUCUCUCUUUAUUGUCAUCUCAAACAGUAUCUUGCGCUUGGAGGUUGCGCAGUUUGGGGUUUAUGGGCCCAAUUCUCCACUGAAGAAUUUCAAUUUGCUGAGAGAGGAGGGGUCUCUUUCUUCAGUGCCUUUUGUUGCCUAUUUUCUUGCUGUAUCGCAUUUGUGGCUAUUGAGUUCUUGGGGGGGGUAAAGGUUUUAACUUUGUGUCUUCUCUGUGAAUCUUAGAAAUUUGAUAUUUUGGGGGGAUUUGCUAUAUGGGUGUUUGAUUUUGGACAUGGGUUUUUAAGAUUGAAGUAAUUGGGUGUGUUUGGUCUGUAAUUUGAUCAGUCUCUGAAGUAGGCUUAGUUUUGAUUCUCAAUUAGGGUUUCUCAUUUUCUUGGUCCGGAUUGUUGGGUUUUGGAUCUGGGGGAAUAAUUUUUUGAGAUGGGUUUCUAUUUGCUUUUUACUGGGGUAUUCUAGGCUUAGGUGUUGUGGUGUUCAAUCAGUCUUUUCAGUUUUUGGAGUUGAGAAUUAGGUCGGACUUCUCCCAAAUUCAAUGCAUGAUUCCAUUGGAACUUGAUUCAUGAAGGAUGGUAGUUGAGAGAUAAUCGUUUGAUUUUCUUGAGGUGGGAUUUGAAGCUAUAUUUUAAGAAAUGGACAGGAUUCAGCCACCUCUGGUAAACAUUUCAUCUUCCUUUGCUUCAUUUUUUCAUAACUCAAGUGCCUGGGUCAGCUUCCGUGCACUCCGACUAAUCCUAGGUGACCAAUCCCACCACUCACUUUCAGGGUCCCAAUUAAAGCCAGAGCGAAGCUUUGUAUGGAAUGGCCCCAAAGGAGAUGAUAACACCUAAGUUUCUAACCUGAGACCUUAGGAGGGUCAAGGGUGCAAACCUCUAAGUCCCAGGCCUUGACCAUUAAUCAAACCCUUGGGGUUCUUCCUUUGCUUCUUUGAUCAGUGCUCUUUAUGGUUUGGAAAUGUAUGCCAGAGUCUCAUGUUUGUCUUUUACGUGCUGGGAUUGCUUAUUUCAUGUUUGGGUGGUGGUUCUUUUGCUUUUUUGGUAGCAAUAAUUCUUGAAUUAUCUAGCAAUGUUAUUUUUUGCACUUCUUCUGGAGGUUGUGAAAGAGUGUUAUUGAGGACGUUUGAGCCAAAACGAGUCUGCACCUGGUACAGUUCAUAAUCUCGCAUUAUUAAAUUUGUUUGGUUUGUUGGACAAUGAUCAAGUUGAUUUGAAUCGUCUAAUCUGGGUGUCCCAUUCUACAGUUUUUUUUUUUUUUUUUAACAAUUAUGCUGAAUGAAUUAAGCUCUGGUUCUGUCACUAUCCAACAUUUCUUCUUAAAGCUGGAAUCUUCUAGAUUGGCAUCUUUCAACAAACACUACAUGAGCAUAUGCCUUUUCUUUCAAAACCUCCCUCUUGAUGUCUAUCUUCAAUUAGAUGAAAUGAGACCGUAAGAUUCGUAGUUUGAUCUCAUUGGUUUUUGUUGGAAUUCCUUGUAUUGUGAUUAACAACCUUUUCUUGGAAAUCCCUCAUGUCCUCUGAAUCUUCUAUCCUGAGGUGGAGUUAUUGUAAAAGAUGUGGUUCAACAUUUUAGGGAGUAUGGGCAUUCCUUCGCAAUGGGGUUGUCCCUUUUUGCCCCCUUUUUUGUCAUAGGCAACAGCCAACAGUUUAUUCUUUUAGGUGUACUUUUGGAAAGAGUACAGCAAAAGACUCGGGAAUCAGGAUGUCAAAGGGCAAAGGAACGUUGAUUAGAGAUCUUCCGGUUUUACCCAUUGAUUGAUGGGAACGUGUCUGGGUUUGUGUGUACUGAGUCUGCAUAAGAGUUUCUUUCUGUAGAAGACACGGUUUGUGCAUAAUGAUUCAAAGCGAUGCUUGGAAAUGUUGAGUCAUGUUAUUGGGAUUGAAUUUGGAACAGUUUAGAAUUGAAUUAUAUAUGAUUUGUAGGUGAAACCAUAAUCUAACCAUGGUAACUUUGAGGAUCUUGUUAUUUCCUUGCUGUGACCAAAACCAUUGUUUCACUUAAGAAUAACCUGAAGUGUGAGAAACAUAAUUUCCUCUAGCUAAUAAUGCUGAAGUUGUUAUUUCCAUACUGAACAGUUAGUUUAUGUAAUAGCUGGAUCUGGGAAGUAAACAACAACUACAAGAGUAAAAGUUCAACUAGAAUUAUGCAGGAUUGAGGAAUCAUCAGAACUGAAGAGGAAAAUAAAGUUCCAUGUUCAAGCUAGUACUGCUAAUUACUGGAAGUAAUUAUUAGUUUACAUGCAUGAAUAUGGAAAACAUACGCUACUUUUGAAGGUUGGUACAGAUCAAAGCAACAUCAAUUUAACAUUUUAUUGAUAUGUAGUGAGUACGCUUUCAUCAAUGGGUUCAUUAGUCCAUCUUGGUGCAACUUAAUUCUUGUAAGUUGUAACUAGCACUUCACCAUUAACAGGCCUGGUAUUAGAUUGUUCUGGAUGCAUAAUCACCUAUGACAGCUGUGGUAGUUGAAAAUAUCACUAGUGUGUUUUGAGAGUCCAGGACAACUUACGAGGUGCAGAUCUUGUAAAUACUUGUGGAGAUGCAUCUGAAUUCUUGUAAAUAAUUCCAGCUAUACAGGGAAUCAUGAUGAUGUACCAUAAGUUGUUCUAGUUUUUUGUGUCGCUCUUGGUCUUACGAAACCAAAUCUAAUUUCUUCUUCUGGUUUCUUUUUCUUGUUUGCAUAUGUUUUGUAAGGUCUAUUUGCCAUCAAUUAUCUUGGAUAAUAGAACAGAUGAUCGUUAACUAAUGUCAAAUAGGGAAAGGACAGCUCAAAAUAGUUGACGCGUCUUAAAGUCCCUUUGAGGCUUCACUUUAUAUCAUAACAGUUAUGACACCCUUCUUUGUCGUUUCUUUGGGAUGAGCAUCAUGGUUCUUUUGGAUUCCCUGCUUUCAUUUCUCGUGGCAAGAGCUUGUUCACCAAGUCUGAGUUCCCACUUUCUCUUCACCAAGUCUUCCUCUUUUUUAGAUGAUGGUUUAAAUUUUUAUGGGGCUUGACCUUUGUGUUUCUCUUGCAUGUCAGAGUAGUUGCAUUUCUAAGUAAAUAAGCUAGUUUUUCUGCUUUUCUCUGGCCAUUUUUAGGGAAGGGAUGUAAAAAAGACCACCAGACCAAAUGGAGCACCCAUACCAAACCAAAUCUGUCCAUUUUGGUUGGUUUUUUAACUAGUUUCGGCGUUCUUUGUUUUGAGAGAACAAAUAAAUUGGUUUUUCGUUCGGUUCAGCUUCAAGGAUUCGUACACCAAACAAAACUAAACCAACCAAAUUUCUUACAUUACUCUUAUGACAUCUAUACUAGUACAUCUUUAUAUUUGAUUCUCUCCUACAUACACUUGAUGAUGAGCUACAAGUUGGAGGUGAAAUAUUGUCUUAUUUUCCCCAUUAAUACAACAACAACAACAGAACCCAUGUAGUUCCCAAUCAUUGGGGGUAUGGGCGGGGGAGGGUUGGAGACAAACCUAACCUUUGGCAAUAUGCACAAAGUAGCUGCUCUCAAAAUACCACUGAAACAGUGGCUCCCAUUAAUCAUUGUUUAUAAACAUCAAUGUACUAAAAAUCGCUAGGCACUAGUUAGGCGGAAAGGGGGUGACGACUAGCGCCUAGGUGGGAAUAGUUGGCUUAGGCGGCCGACUUUUAGAAUACUGAUAAAUAUUACAAUUAUUGCCUCUAUUAUUGUUGGAACUACAUUUAGUAGAGUUUCUUUUCUGACCAUGUAAAAUCAAUCAUCGUUUGAUAUUGUAUCGGUAAUGCACUUUGAGCCCUAAACUGAUUGCACAAAGCCUAACCGUACUACUCCAAUGCACUAUGGUUUGGUUUGGUUUGGUUAUUACAAAUUAACAGUUGGUUUUCGUCAUAUGAUUACAAAACCGAUGUAAAAUUAUCUUAAAAACCGACCAAACCAAACUCUAUGCAUCCCUAAUUUAGCUCACCUAUCGGGCAUCGUUAUGUAUAAGUAUUAUUAUUUUUAGUCAAAGGAAAUUUCAUAUGGAAUCCCGAAAUUCCAAUGUUUCCACUAACAGAUUGGUAACAUGUCGAAAUUUCACCAAACGUGCCGAAAUAGUGUGGUUUCCACGCCUAUUAUAAAUAUUCAACAAUGACAUUUUCAUGCAUUCCGAGAUUCUCUUGACAUUUCCAUUAUAUUUCAACUACAUUUCUGAAUGUUUCCAAAAAGAUUUCUUUUCCUAGCUAACCGAGACAACAAAACGAACUGAAAUUCGGAUCCUUGUGAGAGAGUUUCUCAUAAUUUUACAUGUUUGAAUUAUUUGUCUCUGGUCCUGAAAUUCUCAUAAGUUCUUGUUUGGUAUUUUUUUUACAAUGUUUGUAUAUUUGCAGGUUGAUACAACAGCAUGUUUCUGUAGAGUAGAUGCAGGCCUUAAAACUGUUGCAGGAGCGAAGAGAUAUGUCCCUGGCACAAAGCUUUGUCUUCAGCCCAGCAUCAAGCCGUCCAUACAUCCAACUAGGCAAAAACCAAGGCGUGACAGAAACCGGAGCCAAUCCCCUCUACUUCCAGGACUCCCUGACGAUCUUGCCAUCGCUUGCUUGAUCCGGGUCCCACGAGUUGAGCACUAUAAGCUCCGGUUGGUCUGCAAAAGAUGGCAGCGCCUCUUGUCCGGUAAUUUCUUUUAUUCGCUUCGGAAAAACUUGGGAAUUUCAGAAGAGUGGAUAUACAUAAUGAAGAGAGACCGAGAUGGGAAAAUCUCGUGGCAUGCUUUUGACCCCACUUACCAGAUUUGGCACCCUCUUCCUCCGGUCCCAAGUGAAUAUUCGCAAGCUCUAGGGUUCGGAUCUGCUGUUCUCAGCGGUUGUCACCUUUACUUAUUUGGUGGAAAAGACCCAAUCAAGGGUUCCAUGCGACGCGUCAUUUUUUAUAACGCGCGGACUAAUAAAUGGCUCCGUGCUCCAGAUAUGUUGCGAAGGCGUCAUUUCUUCGGGUCUUGUGUAAUAAACAACUGUUUGUAUGUAGCCGGCGGGGAAAACGAGGGUGUGCACCGAUCCUUGAGAUCGGCGGAGGUUUUUGAUCCGAACAAGAACAGAUGGUCUUUCAUUUCUGAUAUGAGCACUGCGAUGGUGCCCUUUAUUGGGGUUGUUUAUGAGGGAAAGUGGUUCUUGAAGGGGCUUGGUUCCCACAGACAAGUUUUGAGUGAGGUGUACCAACCCGAGACAGAUAGUUGGUACCCGGUUUAUGAUGGGAUGGUUGCUGGGUGGAGGAACCCUAGUGCUUCCCUAAAUGGGCGGCUGUAUGCUGUGGAGUGUAAAGAUGGGUGCAAAAUUAGGGUUUACGAUGAAAAGACCAAUUCUUGGAGCAAGCAUAUUGAUAGCAAGAUGCAUUUGGGAAAUUCCAAGGCCUUGGAGGCAGCAGCACUUCUCCCGCUUAACGGAAAACUCUGCAUUAUACGGAAUAAUAUGAGUAUCUCUCUUGUUGACGUUUCAAAUUGCGACGAAUCAAGGGGUGGUUCGGGUGAACAUUUGUGGGAAAACAUCGCAGGGAAAGGACAGUUCAGGACUCUGGUUGCAAAUUUCUUGUUGAAUCUUGCGGGUAGGAACCGCCCCAAAAGUCACAUUGUGCAUUGCCAGGUUCUUCAAACUUGAAGAUGUGUGAGUUAUGGACGGGUUGAAAGAUGGAUGCAUGGUUAUUAUUUCGGUAUGCAGAAUCCAAACUGCAAUGUGUGAUAGUUUGAUUGCCCGCGAAUGAGAAGUCUUCAAGUUAUUAUCUCUAAUCGUCUGGUAGGGGCAAGAAAAAGAUCGUGUUGUUUCUUCAGCAAUUUCUGAUCUCUAGUGGACCUUUCAGAAUUCAAACCCUGAUGAAGUUUAUGACCAUCUGUCAUCUCUUGCGACUUUGUAAUCUCAAUGACAGUGUGUCAUGGGAAGAGCUUGGCAGGUGGAAGCUUGCCGACCUGCUUCGACUACCCGUGCGCACAGUAAGUUCGCGUUGUUUGUAGGUUUUGACGACCGAUGAGUAUGUUCAUUUUGUGUUUUUGUAGGUUUUAGUGCUACAGAUUUAUAUCUGAAACAGUCCUUACAUGCUUUGGAUAUUGUAGAAUUUUACAAUUGAAAAGAGCUAUUCUGCAUUAUAAGUCCAUUUCAA